UCCUCAGGGGCGGUGCGGGCGGGACCGGUACCGGUGCCGUCACUUCCUGGGCCGGAAGGUUCCAGAGGUUGCACGGGGAGCCGCCAUGGCCGUGGCGCGGGAGGAGUUGCAGAAAGAUUUGGAAGAGCUUAAAGAACUGCUUACAAAUGCCACUAGGAAGCGGGUGCGUGAUGUCCUUGUGGCAGAGAAACAAAAGCUGGAGCUGGAAAUCAAGAAUCAGCCUCUGCCGAAGCCAAAAGAUGUGGCAGAGGAAGAAAAAUCAUCACUGGGAGGGUACACAGUGAAAAUAAACAAUUAUGGUUGGGAUCAGUCUGAUAAGUUUGUUAAGAUUUACAUCUCUUUAAAUGGUGUCCAGAAACUUCCAGCUGAGAAUGUGCAGGUGAAUUUCACAGAGAGGUCAUUUGAUCUUCUAGUGAGGAAUCUGAAUGGGAAGAACUACACCAUGACCUUCAACAACCUCCUGAAGCCCAUCUCUGUGGAAGGCAGCUCUAGAAAGAUAAAGACAGACAUGGUCCUUGUGAUGUGUAAGAAGAAGCGGGAGGAAAAAUGGGAUUGUCUCACUCAAGUGGAAAAAGAAAGCAAAGAGAAAGAGAAGGCUGCCUAUGACACCGCAGAUCCUAGUGAAGGGCUAAUGAACAUUUUAAAAAAGAUGUAUGCGGAAGGGGACGAUGAGAUGAAGCGCACCAUCAAUAAGGCCUGGGUUGAAAGCAGAGAAAAGCAGUACAAAGGGGACAUACCAAUGGAUAUCUGAAAGUACUCUAAAGGCCGCCUUAAAACUGAUCUUCCAUGUGAGACACGCUGUGCUGCAAAGAUCAUCGUUUACAUAACCUUCUUCCAAGCAAAGACAGUCAUUUUCCAUUUCAGGUUGGAGAAAAUAUUUAAAUAAAAUAGCUUAUAAAGCAUUUCCUUCAGUCAAGUGGUUCAGCAUUUCCUGAGGAGUGAAGCAUAGGGUGUACAUCCUUACCCCUCCUUGAAAAAUCAUCUCAGAUGAGUGGGGAGUGCUGUGAGACUGAGAACAGAACGUAAAAAUAAAGGAAUCUUAAAAUAGGAUGGGUCAAGGCCUCUGUUGCCAGUGGCAGCUGUACCCAUGUGGUUGCUAGGGCUAGUGUCACACUCACUUCACAGGAUGUAGCUUUUUGAUUAAAUACAGGAAAGUGCUGAACUGUAAAGCAUGUCACAAAGGGAGAACUGAAGAAAGUAGAACCACAUCCUAAGCACUUGAUAUUAAAACAGGAACAAUAUAGUGUUAAUCCUGUGGUAUUCAAAUUUAAUGAGUACUCUCAGAAACUAUUCCUGUCUAAUAAAUACUAUGAGUUUUGGAAAUCAAAA